AUGACGCCCUUUGAGGCUGUCUAUGGACGCCAUCCCCCCACUAUUCCGGUGUACAUACGGGGAACAACUUCACUUCAGGCCGUGGAUGAAAACCUCAGCAACCGAGACGCCAUCUUACAACAAUUGAAGGUGAAUUUGAGUCAAGCUCAGAAUCGUAUGCGCCAGGUUGCCAAUAGGAGGCGCAGGGACAUCCAGUUCCACCUUGGUGAUCUGGUUUUGGUUAAGCUCCAACCUUACCGACAGAUGACGGUGGUGAAACAUUUGAACAACAAGAUUUGCAGGCGCUACUUUAGACCCUUUCUUAUCGUGAGGCAGGCUGGACCUGUGGCUUACACGCUUGGGUUACCUCCUGACAGCAAAAUUCAUCCUACAUUUCACGUGUCUUUGCUGAAAUCUCACAGCCCUUUGGAGGAUGCCAUGUGGGAAGAGUUGUCUGCUUUUGGUCGUUUAUAUGAUAUACCUGACCUUAAGGACAAGGUCGUUUCCGAAGGCACGGGGAGUGAUACGUGGGUGGGCUUGACUCUAGAAUGA